UUGAUCAUUAGCGUCACAGCCUGUGGCCUGGUUUUUGCUGAACUGAGCCUGUUUGACACAGUCGUAAGGCACAGGAUACCUUAUUUUGUAUUAUUCCUUAGCCAUCGUCUCGAAAUUUGUCAUUUUAUUUUUGUAAAUAAAUGCCUGUCUUUAAAAUCAAGAUAAACGUACUUACUUUCUUCUUCUUUUAAUAAUAUUUUCAUGACGCGGUAUACGCUCUGCGCUUCUGUUGCAUAACAUAUUGUCGUUGAUAUUCUUAACUCGAAAACUGAGAAUUUAUUAGUUCAAACCAAUAAAUCGGCUUAAAGUAAAAUAAAGUUAUAACUAAAACUACCGGCCUAUGCUGGAUGAUUCGUUCAUAUUCCACGCGUGACUCAAUAGGGCUGAUGCUUGUCGCGCCAGCAGGAUUGUCAGAAAGGGUUACGGCGGCUAUGGUGUGGAGGGAACAUGGGUGGGUUUUAGUCAAAGACAAAGGUUUCUUUCCGCUAAACCCAAAGGGGAAGGUGUCAUUAAUUUCAUGAUUUCCCAUCCCAAACAAAAAAUUAUAAAUCAAUAAAAAUUCAGUCUUUUUUACGGAAAUUCCAAGGUUAAAGGUAAAAACAAACUUCGUGAACCUACGCAAUUUAAUUGUAACGUUUGGCUGCGUACCCAGUGUCGAAUAUUGAAAAAUAUUGAUUCAUAGUUUGCCGCAACCGUAGUGUACAAGUUCACGAUUGCACUUUACUCUUGCAGAGUUGACCGUCGCUAUAAAACCACAACACUUGAGGCACAGGCAUCAGUUCCGUAAGGAUCAUUAGUAGACCACCACGGCACCUCCUCCACAAAUAUGGCUUUUGUAUUCAAGUUCCUCACGCCGAUAGCGUUUGCAACAGUAGUGCUAUCAGGGAAGGCGCCGCCUGGUGGAUACUCGUAUAGUCGCUUCAGUGGGCCAGUCAGCGGUCAAAUCGUAGAGGUUCAAGUGCCUGCUGCACAAGGUGUACCAGCCCAACAACAUGCCGACUAUGGCUACGAUCACCAAACAGGACAAAUUCACCCAGACACAGCCAAAUACGCCCAUCUGAAGACUGUUGAUUAUGUUGCUAAACCAGACUACCAGUACUCUUAUGGCGUAGAAGACCCUCACACGGGCAAUCUUCAGAACCACAAAGAGCAUCGCGACGGUGACGUCGUUCGAGGAGAAUACUCCUUGGUUGAACCCGAUGGCUCAAUUCGUCUUGUACGGUAUACUGCUGAUCCAAAGAAUGGUUUUCAGGCUACAGUACACAAGAAAGCUGGAGGCCAACAACAACAGCCUGUGCACUAUGGACACCCGAAGCAAGAAGAUGACUCCAGAGAAUACUAGUCUCAAUGUUAUUUAGUUAAGUGUUUUGUAGAUUGUUGAUUAUUUAUUAGUGUUUUGAUAAAUAAAAGAAGGAAUAAAAUCA